AUGUUACUGAGAAACCGCCUCCUGAUCCCGCAAAUCACUUCCUUUUUAUCACCAUCUUCCUCUCCACCUCUAAGAACUCAGCCUCUCACUCUCUCCUUCCGAACCCUCAUCUCAAACCCGACCCUUCGAAACCCAACCCCAAACCGCCAUGUUUCAGCUUCAAAAGCCACAGCUAACCCAGCAAUCUUCGACAAGACCCUCCUGUUUAUCCCGCCCGGGGUUGACCCGGCCGAGGUUACCGAGAACAUGGUGCUAUCCGGGUCGAAUAUCGUGCUCGGACCCUAUGCGGGUGACGCCAAGAUUAAGGAGGUGGAGUUCGUGAAGAGCAGUGCUAGAGCUAAGGAUUGCCCCAAACAUGACCGACCCGAAUUUGCUAUCCUGGGUCGCUCCAAUGUGGGCAAGUCCUCACUUAUUAAUGCUUUGGUUCGCAAGAAGGAUGUUGCACUUACAUCUAAGAAACCAGGGAAGACUAAGCUUAUCAAUCAUUUCUUGGUGAACAAAAGUUGGUACUUUGUGGAUUUGCCUGGUUAUGGGUUUGCUAAAGCUCCAGAAGCAGCUCGAAUGGAUUGGUCUGCAUUCACGAAAGGUUUCUUUUUGAACCGAGAUACUCUUGUUGCCGUGUUACUUCUAGUUGAUGCUAGUGUUCCACCUCAGAAGAUCGACCUUGACUGCGCUAAUUGGCUUGGACGUAAUAAUAUACCAAUGACUUAUGUCUUCACCAAGUGUGACAAAAUGAAGGCGGGCAAAGGUAAAAGGCCAGAUGAGAACCUCAGGGAUUUUCAGCAGUUUAUCCGAGAAAACUACCGGGUACAACCCCCAUGGAUAAUGACUAGCAGUGUAACUGGCUUUGGCAGGGAUGAACUUUUGCUUCACAUGUCACAGCUUAGAAACUACUGGGAUCAAUAG